GGAGGAAGAAGACCUACUCACUAAUACUUCAUGACUCCUCCCACAGCCUCCGAUUUGUUUGGCAACACCGCUGCGACGUUACCUCUUGUAUAUUCGCAGCUGAUAACAGGAUAUCGGUUUUUAUUCCAGGACACCAAUCAUCGAUAUUUUUAACUGAGCAAAGACCGGAUACCAGUCCCUUUUAAUUUUUGACAACACACGGAGCCAACAUGGCAACUGUAUUCCUCACUUGUCCGGUAAUCCUGUGGCUGUCUGUGGCCGCCGUGCUGGGCUCGGUUCUAGGGCUAGGUGAGGACCUUGACCGACCUCUGUUCGGGCCUCCUGGCUCUCCUAUCCGGCUGCAUGAGUCCGACCUGGGCCUGAAGAAGGCUCUGGAGUUCGCCGAGGAGCGCUACAACCGGGGUUCAAACGCCAUGCACCUCCGCAGAGUCAGCCGGUUCAUCUCCGCAACCAAACAGCUGGUUAAGGGAAUCCAUUACACUAUAACAGUGGAACUGAGUAACACACAGUGUAAGAAAAACGCCAAGCUGAGGACAUGUGAUUUUUACCCGGAGUCACAGAAACUCAAGACGGAGGUGUGUGUGUUCGAAGUGUUGGACAUUCCUUGGCAGAGCACUUCAACUCUGCUCAAACAGAAGUGCCAGCCUAAAGUUGGACCUCAGGUAGAAGAGACCAACAAGGUGGAGGCUCCAUCCACCAGUCAGCCUCUGCAGGAGUCUGUGGAGAUUUUGGGCCAGUUUAAAGAGUUCAUGGUUAAAUACAAAAAGGUUUACAGCAGCCAGGAGGAGGCAGACCGUCGUUUGCGCAUCUUCCACGAGAACCUCAAGAUUGCAGAGAAGCUCCAGGCUUUGGAUCAGGGUUCAGCUGAAUAUGGAGUCACCAAGUUCAGUGACCUAACUGACGAAGAGUUUCGCUCUACAUACCUGAACCCACUACUGAGUCAAUGGACUCUCUAUCGACCAAUGAAACCAGCCUCUCCAGCCCGAGGUCCCGCCCCUGCCAGCUUUGAUUGGCGAGACCAUGGCGCCGUCAGUCCCGUUAAGAACCAGGGUGAGUGUGGAUCCUGCUGGGCAUUUUCUGUUACAGGCAACAUUGAAGGCCAGUGGUUCCUGAAGAAUGGAACAUUGCUGUCACUCUCUGCACAAGAGCUGGUUGACUGUGAUGAUGUGGACUACGCUUGCAACGGAGGAUUUCCAUCAGUUGCUUACUCCGUUAUUGAGAAGCUGGGUGGUCUGGAAACAGAGACUGACUACUCCUACAGCGGUCACAAGCAGAAGUGUGAAUUCACCACCAAAAAAGUGGCUGCCUACAUCAACAGCUCGGUGGAACUGCCCAGAGAUGAGCAGAAAAUCGCAGCCUGGCUGGCUGAGAACGGACCGGUCUCUGUUGCUCUGAAUGCCUUUGCCAUGCAGUUCUACAAGAAGGGUGUUUCUCACCCUUGGAAGAUCUUCUGCAUGCCCUGGAUGCUCAAUCAUGCAGUCCUGAUGGUGGGAUACGGAGAACGCAACGGUAUCCCAUACUGGGCUAUCAAAAACAGCUGGGGUGACAAUUAUGGUGAGGAGGGUUACUACUACCUAUACAGGGGGUCCAAUGCAUGUGGGAUCAAGGAGAUGUGCUUAUCUGCUGUAAUCAACUAAUCCACUAUCCUUAUAUGCAAACAUACACAGAGAAACACACAUCAUCAUUCCACAGCUUCCAGGUGACCCCGCCUAUACAUCGUUCUCACACACACACACAUUUGAUUCAGAAUGCAUGAAGAUCAAAGUCAGAAACAAAAAGUCCUGCUGAUGUUACAGUAUUUUCCGUUAAACUAGACUAGCGUUCUUUUCUGUGUACUUCACACCUGGCGUCACUUCUCAGAACAUACCAACUCUAUUAAAACCAUCUUUAAGAGAUUUUUAGAGUAGUUUUAAAGUAGAUAUGAGCCCAUUUCAUUCUCUUAUUCCUGCAGGUCAAAAUAACUGUGUUUUAGGCAGAAUUGGUUAAGUCAUCCCCACAGUGAUGGAGGCCAUGUUUAAAUACGACGUGCACUAAUAGUAGUCGGACUCAGUCUUAUCAGUUUUCUUGGAAGUUUUGUUACCAGUGUUUGUGCUAAUGUUAUUGUAGAGAGGUAUUUUGAAAGAUGAGGGUUUUGCCAUAUACUUGUCUGCAUAUUACUACAUAAGGUUAAUAGAAUUGUAAUAACUGCUGUAAGACAGUGUGAAAUGAAUGAAUGCCGAAUUAAAAAGUGUGGAGUCCUA